AUGCCUUCGUUCAGCAGCUCGACGCUGCUUCUUUCUUUCGCGCUCCUUCUAGUACUAGCACAUCCAGCUUAUGCAUUCGGUGCUGGAAAUAUUGCAUCUGUUUCAAAGAUUGAGGGGAUAAACUGGCGCCAUGGAGAUAUUGAAGAUACCCUUUUGACGCUCGUUAUGUCAAGAGCUUGUGGUGGAAAGAAAUUCGAUAAAAUGACAAUACAAAGAAUCUACUUUGGUAACUGGCUUAGAGAUUACUCCCAAGCAAUCGAUGUUGGUACCGUCAAAUAUGUUUCCGCCGAAGCCAUCCGCAUUUUACUCUGGGUCCUUGGAUUUAUGACAUUUGGAUAUGGCACAAGAGAAUUCGAAGUUACUGCUGAAAGACUGGGCUGCUACCGACCAGAGGAUCACAUUGACAACCCAAAGGAUUAUGCCGAUAAUCUUGAUGCUUCACAAUUUGAUCAUAGACUUCGAGGUCCAGUCGACGAAGAAAUUGAGCUCGCUAUCGAUCCUCAAACGGGCAUGAAGAAUUACAUUGCGAACGAGCACGCUGGGAUCAUGACAUCUGCUCUGCACGUCAGAAAGCUGUUCCGCGAAUCUAUUCGACUUGGUAGAUCUUAUGCACGAAGCCAUAACAAGGACGAAUUAUACGAGGCACUCCGCUUGUUGGGUACUGGACUUCACUGUCUGGAGGAUUAUUCUGCUCACAGCAAUUAUACUGAGCUUGCUCUCAUUGAGAUGGGCGAACGUGAUGUCUUUCCACACGUUGGAAGACGAACUCGGAUCAACCUCCAAGGUGCUCAACACUCCGUUUACCCAAUCAUCACUGGUACUUUCGGUGGUGUCGAUUUCCUCCACUCCGUAAUGGGCGAAUUUGACGACAAAGCAACUCAGAGCGAAAUCCAGGGUCUUGAAGGAACCAUGCAAGAAGGUAGUCAGGGUAACAAUAGUGUUCUGAAAGACCUCCUAAGCUCAGUUCCUUCCGGACUCUUUGGCGAUAAAGAUCAAGCUGGUAAAGCAGAUGAGCUCCAAGCCAAUGCUUCUGCUGCUCAAGAGUCUCAAGAGCACGUAUCCCCAAGAGAUCCGGAAGCUUUUACCGAAAAAAUGCAAAACGUUGCCAAGGAGAUUUAUCCAAUCAUCCAGUGGCAUGAUGAGACUAUGCAACAGAUUCGAGAAGCUAUCGAAAAGAUCCCUAUCCUCCCAGAUCUCAUUGAAAAUAUUGAAGAACAAAUCAACAUCUUUGUCUUCUCCCUCCUUGCUCCAUUCGUUCUUCCAAUCAUCGGCCAGAUCAAGACUGAAUUGAACACGGGUUCUUCGGAGGUUAUCCAAAGCAGUAAGGACAAGCAGUUGAUCGUUUUCAACGAUGAUCACUCUUCUGAUCCUACGCAUUCUAUGUUAUCGAAAGAUCAUUUCUCCAACGUCCUCAAUGAAGUCGCUGGCAGGAUCGCCUCUCAAGUUCUCAAAUGGGCCGUUCCACAACUCAUUUCUUGCUGGGAUGAUGAAAGCAUUGACCCUGAACGUACAAUUGAUCGUAUCAUCCAUGGUGUUUUCCAUCAUCCUGCUUUACGCAACUACGGCGAUGAUGGAGCUUCCGACGGUCGUCAACUCAUGUUCAGAGUUGUAGAAGAAUGGUGGCGCAACAAGGACGGCGACGAGCAAGAUGAAUUGCGAAGAAAGUUAAGUAGAGAGGGAGUUGAGGAAGGAGAAAAUCAUCUCGAAGGUGUUCAUGAUACUGGCCACGGAUGCGGUGCACCACUCAAAAUGUCCAAGUCGGGCCCGGACAUGUCUUCCAAUCCAUUAGCCAAUGAAAUGAUGGGGGGUCUUGCUUCUGCGAUGGGUGGUAAUGGUGGAUCUUCAGGAUUGGGUGGACAGUCAUCUGCAGGAAUUAGCAAAUUUGCUGAAGAAGCAGUUGGUGGAGGUGCCCUGGGUGGUAUUUUUGGUGCUCUCGCUGGAGGUGUUGGUGGAAGUCUUCUAUCAGGCUUCCUGGGUGGAGGCAAAGAAGAAGCACGUUCUACUGAAGGCUACAACUCUCAGGGCAAUUACGAGCAGAGCUAUACUGAGAUAGGCCACUCGGGUGAUCGCUACGCUCAAGCUGAGUACACGCAAGAACAACUCCCCAAUGGAGGCAGACGAACAGAUUAUCAACAAUACGGUCAGCAAGGAGGACAAGGUGCGGGCUUUGAACAAAUUUCCGAGCAGAGACGUUCAUACGGUGGAGGGUAUGAAGAAACUAACGAGCGCAUCUACGAACGUCCUGAUGGCAGAGUCGAGACGGAGACAUGGCGUGAGGGUGAGACUGCUGAUGGACGUCACUACCAUGAAGCAGAACAUCACAGAGAAGAGAGAUCAGGUAGUGAUGGUGAUAGCGACAAUAGUGAGCGCAGAAGACAUGGGAAACAUCACAGGAAACACCACAAUCGUCGGGGAAGUGGUAGCAACGAGGGUAGCGAUAGACCUCAAGAAUAUGUUCCAGAGAGAGAAGAGAGAAGAGAAAGAUUUGAGGAGCCUCCUCGUCAGGAAUAUGGUGGGUAUGGUCAACAGAGAGAACAAGGUGGUUUUGGAGGGCUGGCGGAGAGAUUCGGUGGCAUGGGAUUCGGUGGUGGAGGUGGGGACCAUGGAAAUGAAGGUGGCUGGGGUGAGAGGGAGAGAGAGGGAGAGGGAGAGAGAGAAGAGGAGUAUCAGGAAGAGAGGAGAGAGGAGAGGAGAGAGGGACAUGGAUGGGGUUUCUAG